AUGGCUUCAUACGACCGGGAGGUGACUACCCCAUUCUUGCUCCGGCUCUUUUACAAGAAUGGGCCGGACGAGUUCGCAUCGAGGAGCCUGCCACCGUCGCUGUCGCUCUACACCUGGCCCAGCAGCACCCUCACCGAGCUGGCAGAGCAAGUAGCUGCGGAAGAUCCCACCCUCCUCCCGAGCCCGUCCGUGGGCACAAGGCUCGCGUUCCGAUUGAUCUACCCCGACGCCCGAAACGCGGCAGCCACCGCGGGCGCACAUCACGCCCCGACACAACCACGGUUCAUGGUGAAAGACCUGGGCAGCGUAGUGCUCGGCGGCGAUGGCGCUCCGGCAGCGCUGCUUGCCGCGGCCAACGGCGCGGAGGGAGACGAUGGAGAUACCGAGAUGGCGGGAGCUGCCGCGCUGGCGACCGCGGAGGCGGCGAUGAAGGACAAGACGCUUGGGGAAUUCAAGUUCGUGGUGGGCGACUACGUCUCAUGCGCCAUCUUGCCGCCGCUCGCCGACGGCUCCGUUGCGCCGGCGAUAACGGCACGGAAUGAUAGGCCAACGGGCCCGAGGGGUCCUGCGGCUGGGCAUCCUCCGCACAAUAACCGGCGAGACGCUGGGUUCGCAGGACGCCCGGGUCGGGACAGGGAACGGCGUCGCUCUGGGUUUGGAGACGGUGGUUUCCCUGAGGGCGAGUGGAGGAGAGGUGAGAGGCUCCCUGAUGAUGCCCCUGACCGGUCUUGGGCAAGAGGGAGGCGGGGAGAAAGAGGCGACAGAUGGUGA